UUUGCUCUGCAGCAGUGCUGACCUGCUGCCCUGUAUGUGCUGCGGUACGUAUAGGGUGCUGGACUGGGCUGGAUGGAGCAGAAAGGUGGUCAGCACCAAGGCUGUCCUACAGAGGUGGAUGGAUUGGACUCAGUGCAAUCUGGUGCCGCAUUCAAGGCAUCUCUUGUUGUGGCCUUGGCACCCUCCCUGCUCCUUGCCCGGCUCACUGGGUGCGACUGAGCCAUCUCUCAUCUGCCAGCAGUGCAGCAGAGCCAGGGGCCAUGGCGGCAGAAAUGGUGCUGAGCCGCCGGCCUGGGCAGCCCCGCGGUGAAGUUCUGAGUGAGGCUGACCUGGAGGAGCUGGCACAGAGGAAACCUCCCAGCAAGACUUCAACACGCGACUGUCUCCGGAAGGCAAGAUGCUCAGCCUCCACCGCCAAGUCCCUGCUCUUCCGCUUCUUACCUGUCCUGCGCUGGCUGCCCCGCUACCCAGUGAAGGACUGGCUGCUUGGGGACAUUGCCUCAGGCUUCAGUGUGGGCAUCAUGCACCUGCCCCAGGGGCUUGCCUAUGCACUGCUUGCUGGGCUGCCACCUGUCACUGGCCUCUACUCCUCCUUCUACCCCGUCUUCCUCUACUUCUUCUUCGGGACAUCCAGACACAACUCCGUGGGCCCCAACUGGUUGGCAAGCACUGAUCCUGGACUCCUUUCCUGCACAUCCCCAGGUCCCUUUGCUGUCAUAUCUGUCAUGAUUGGCAGCGUGACGGACUCCUUGGUGCCCAGUGAGGAUUUUAUGGAGUUUGUCAAUGGCACCAAUGUUACAGAGGUCAAUGAGGCACGGCGGGAUGCUGCCAGGGUAGAGCUGGUAGCCACCAUCACAGUCCUGUCAGGAAUCUUCCAGGUGGCCCUGGGCCUCCUGCAGUUUGGCUUUGUGGUGACCUACCUCUCAGAUCCACUAGUGCGUGGCUACACUACUGCUGCCUCUGUGCACGUCCUCAUCUCCCAGCUCAAGAAUGUCUUUGGUGUCUCACUAGGAGAGCACUCAGGGCCACUCUCAUUGUUUGUGACCUUCAUUGAGAUCUGCAAGAAGCUGCCGGAGACCAAUGUGGGCACAUUGGUUACAGCCAUCAUUGCCAUGGUGGCCAUCUUCAUUGUGAAGGAGCUCAACCACAAGUUCUCUGCCAAACUCCCCAUGCCCAUCCCCAUCGAGCUCAUCACGAUCAUCAUCUCCACCGGCAUAUCCUAUGGUGUCAACCUGAACUCCAAGUAUGGCAUCUCCGUGGUGGGCAACAUCCCCAGCGGGUUGAAGCCGCCUGUGGUCCCUAACGUCAGCUACUUUGGGCAGGUGGUAGGCAAUGCCUUCGCCAUUGCUGUGGUGGGUUAUGCUAUCUGCAUCUCCCUGGGUAAGAUUUUUGCCCUGAAGCAUGGCUACAAAGUGGACAGCAACCAGGAGCUGAUUGCUCUGGGCCUCUCCAACUUCCUCGGGGGCUUCUUCCAAUGUUUUGCCAUCAGCUGUUCUAUGUCACGGAGUCUGGUGCAGGAGAGCACAGGGGGAAACAGCCAGGUGGCUGGUGUCAUCUCAUCCCUGGUCAUCCUGGUAACCAUCCUGAAAAUUGGAGAGCUAUUCCAUGACCUGCCCAAGGCCAUCUUGUCUGCCAUCAUCAUCAUCAAUCUCAAGGGCAUGUUCAAGCAGUUCACAGACCUCCGCACACUCUGGAAGUCCAACCGUGUGGACCUGAUGGUCUGGGUAGUGACAUUCAUAGCCACCCUCUUGCUGAACUUGGACAUUGGCCUGGGAGCCUCAGUGGCCUUUGCGUUACUCACUGUCAUCUUCCGGACGCAGCUCCCCCACUAUUCCAUCCUGGGGCGUGUUACCGAUACCGAUGUCUACAAGGAUGUGGCUGAAUAUGAGAAGGCACAGGAGGUCCCUGGAAUAAAGAUCUUCCGCUCCUCCUCCACCAUCUAUUUUGCCAACGUGGAGAUGUACUCCGAUGCACUGAAGAAGAAGAGCGGCAUCAAUGUGGAUCGCCUGAUUGAGAAGAAGAAGAAGGCACUCAAGAAACUGAAGAAACAGCAGAAGAAAGCAGAGAAGGAGAAGGCAAAGAGGAAAAAGGUGCUUCCCAGCACACCCCUCUUGUGCCGGGUCUUCCCACAGGAAACAGAGGCUGAGUGCAAUGGGCCAGGCGUUGCAGUGAUUGAGCUGAGUGGGGAGGAGGGUGGCACACCUGCUGAACCCACCCUGCGCUCCCUGGGACUGCCCCAGCCCGACUUCCAUGCUGUCAUCCUGGACUUCAGUCCCGUCAACUUCGUGGACACAGUCUCCAUCAAAAUCCUGAAGAAUAUCUUUAGGGAUUUCCAUGAAAUAGAAGUGGAUGUCUUUGUUGCCAGCUGCCCAGCAUCUGUUCUCGCCCAGCUGGAGCGGGGCAACUUCUUCAGCUCAACCAUCACCAAGCACUGCUUCUUCCCCUCGGUGAAUGACGCCGUGCUCCACAUCGAUGCGGGGAGGCGCCCAGCCCCGGUAAGCACCCAGCCUCACCAUCCCCACUGCCACCGCGCUGCGGGACGGCAGAGCCGACUUUCUUCUCUGCUCCCUUAGGCGAACCUCAGCACCAAAAUGUAGCCCUGCAGAAGAGAGAGCGGAGGAGCAGAGCCGUGCUGCCGGGAGGGCUUCACCGCUCCGUGCCCGGGGCCUGGAGCCUCUGUGGGACAGCGCGGGGCGCUUGGAGCCGGCCCGCCCCACGCUUGGGGUGAGGCGAGGAGCCCCGGCAGCGGAGCGGCUGUGCUGCCGGCAGCGGGCUGUCAGCACGGCGAGGCCGCAGGGCAUCACGGCUCCACCGCGGCGCGCGUUCCUCAAUAAAGGCGUCCUCAGCCCGCGAGGCCUCAUCUGUGCAAACGACGGCGCUGCUGGGCCAGCCGUGGCCCCGCCGCUCCCUGCGGGCGGCCCCGGGCUCACCGCAACCGCGUCUCCCUUUCCGUCGUUUUGACCUACACCGGGCACGGGCACAAGCCGGGGUCCCGUCCCCGUGCCGGUGAUCGCGUGCCGGCGACCGGGCCCCGCUCCAAACCCUUUCCGCCUUCGCGCCCUCCCACCACUGGGCGGCGCAGCAUCGAAGAGCAGCUCUUUGUCCCCGCGCGCAUGCGCAUCU